UGACCCACCACUGACCAGACAUGACAGGAAUUCAUUUCAUGAAGAAUUUAAACUUCAAACACUGCUCUGGCGAAUAACUAGGGGCUUCAAGCAAAGUUGUGGAAACUGCUGCAAAGCGCACCAAACGUCCUGAAACCUGUUGAGUUGCGCGCCGCGCUCCGUCGUGAUGCCCGUCUCGGGGACCAGCUCUGUCACGCUCAUCUUUCUCGGGAUGUGUUCACUCCUCGUCGGCCAGUGUUGGUCGGGCUGUCGGGAAGCGGCUCUCUGCUGCUCCGGGAGGGACCCGUCGUGCACCAGCAGGGGAUGGAGAUCUGACCGCUCGUAUGGCACCUGCUACUGCGACCAAGCCUGCGUGUCCACCGUGGACUGCUGCCACGACUAUGGGGCUGCGUGCCCAGCCGUGUCCUGUGUGGUGAGUGAGUGGACGGAGUGGUCAGGAUGCGCUGAGCCCUGCAGGGCCACGGUCCGCAGACGGAGCAGGACCAUCCUGCAGGAGCCACUCAAUGCAGGGACCCCCUGUCCUCACUUGGAGGAGUAUGCGGGCUGUGCGCAGUACUGGUCUCAGCACGGGCACUGUCAGAACUCACUCGUCCCAGCCCUUAUUACCACAGGUGGCUAUGGCAACGCUAGGAAGAAAAGAGACAUCCCUGACAGCAGUGAUGUUGCAGGGUACUGUGUCCAGUUCCAAUUGACCUCUCUGACAAAAGGGUGCCAGCAAAGUGAGGGCCCACACACCCUGUGGAUGCGGUACCUGAGGGAGGGCCACCAUGUGUGUGUCGAGUGCCAGCCGCCUGCUCUCGCUGCUGGACAGACACACUGUGCAGGAGAUGGAGAAGAAAACACCAAGGACAGAAGACAAUCUCUCCAGUGGCAGGCGGUGGGAAACCCUCGAUGCAGGGGCGUGUGGAGACGUGUGGGGAGGCUGGAUGCGUGCUCCUGUCCAACAGCCCACAGCUUCCUCUUCAUCUAACCUCCUUCCUUCCUUCUGUAAGCCUCCAUCCUGUACGGAUUUACUGAGCUAUGUGGGAAGAGGCAGAAUAUUCCAGCAAAAUAACAUAACAGCCAGAAUAGGUACACAUACUGAAUGCUGACUCUGUUCACUUAAAGAGAUUUGGUCAUGGCUCAUUUGUGGCGUUUUAAUGGUGCCAGACGUAAUCUUGUGUGUAAAUGCUGAAUAUGUGGCAAGGAAAAUUCACAUUUUUGUAAGGAUAUCAUUUACUGCACUUAUUAACACAGACUUUAAUACCAGUCCUAUUUCCCCACUGAAAACUUACAGAAAAUGAAAUGAAAGUCAAGAAUUCGGGGAUCAAAAUGUAAAGUGAUCUGAUUUAUUUCAUUUUGAGUCAUUUAAGGGAAAUGUUGCUUUUUGUUAAGAAAUAGAAAUAUCUUGGGACACUGAGACACUUGUUUUUUUGUUAGUUUUUUUUACAUGACAAGUACUGGCUCUGUGUGAAUCACAACCAGUCACAACGCCAAAGUUACAACAUGCACCGAACAAUAGAACAUUUAUACAGAAACAACAGCAUAGAAAGUCGACAGGUAAAAAUGUUUUUCUUAUCUUUUUUACAAAACAGACAGCCUCGGGACCUACAAACAACAUUGUAUAAGAGCUGGCUAAGGUCAUUCAAAGAUCUUUUUUUUUUUUUCUUCAAUUCCCUGGAAACAGUGUACUUUACAAAGACUGAUGGCUUAGGCAAGGUUGGGGUCAAUUCCACUGAGAGCUUAGAAAAAAAUAGUAGUGUUUGAAAUUUGUACUCGGUUUUAAUUUGUGUCUUGCUCUAAUACUGGUUGCUGUUAUAGUGUCAUGUGCGAUGUGUUUUUCACUCUAUCAAGGCAUCCUGAAUCGACCCCAACCCUGUAAUACAGUGUUAGAUUCAGAGUGUGUGGAACUGGGCUUCUUGCUAGACCACUUGGAAACUACCACAUGUCCUUGAAAAAGUCCUGUGGGAUUCUAACAAAAAAUGGAAAAAGACUUACAGUUAAAUUUAGCAGCUACAACCUGACAACCAAAUUCUAUUUUUAAUUUCAGCUAAAGGCAUUUACUGUAUAGUUGGGAGUCUUAUGGGAUAACUGGGAGUCUAGUUAUGAAAAUAGUAGAGAAUCUGUGCUGUUCAUUUUAAUAUUUAUAAAUGAACACGGAAAAUCAUAAAGAGUUUGGUUUAUUCCCUUGAUUCACAUCAGGAUCUUGGUGAAAUUAAAAGGCCCUGUAUACUAUCACAUUUUAUUAUUUUUGAAUAGCUCCCGUGGAAAUGGACUCAAGCAAACGAUCCAAAUAAAAUGAAACCAAGCAUGUAUGGUAAAAACAAAUGACCUUUUUUUUCUUCUUUGUAUUAUGGUGGUGUCACAGUAUCACAGUCUAAGUAUCAAAUGAAAACACCAUGCUUGAUAUUCUUUCUUUUCUAAAAGCGUAAUAACAUACUCGUGUCAGGAUUUUAAUACUUGUGUUUCUUUCAUAUUUGCCUGCAAUAAAUCUCAGUUCUCCAGA